UGACUGCGUGGCAUCAUGUGAACUCAGCUCACUGCAGCUAGCUAGCAGUAGCUGAGGAUGAAGAUUAUUACCUUAUUGCUUUGGUUCAUAUGUGAUCGGCCUCUUUAGACAGAUGUCACGUUUUUCCGUCUCAGAUAAAUAAGGCACAGGGCUUGAAGUGAAUCAAAGACAAAAUGCCCAAAAAGAAAACCGGUGCCCGGAAAAAGGCUGAGAACCGCAAAGAGCGAGAGAAACAGAGUCGAGCCAACCGGGACCAGGUGGAUCUGGCCAAACACCCCUGCAACUCCUCCAUGGAAUGUGACAAAUGUCAGAGGAGACAGAAGAACAGGGCUUUCUGCUACUUCUGUGGCUCCGUGCAGAAGCUGCCCAUGUGCGCUCAGUGUGGCAAAACGAAAUGCAUGAAGGCGUCAGACUGUGUGAUCAAACAUCCCGGGAUCCACACCACGGGAAUGGCCAUGGUGGGUGCAGUGUGUGACUUCUGUGAAGCCUGGGUGUGCCAUGGCAGGAAGUGCCUGAGCACCCAUGCGUGUGCGUGCCCUCUGUCUGACUCGGACUGCAUCGAGUGUGAGCGCAGCGUCUGGGACCAUGGGGGGCGAAUCUUCCGCUGUUCCUUCUGCCAGAACUUCUUGUGUGAGGAUGAUCAGUUUGAGCACCAGGCCAGCUGCCAAGUCCUUGAGGCGGAAACAUUCAAAUGUGUUUCCUGUAACAGACUGGGACAGCACUCCUGCCUGCGCUGUAAGACUUGUUACUGUGACGACCAUGUCAGGAGUAAAGUUUUCAAGCAUGAGAAGGGCAAAGCACCACCGUGUCCCAAGUGUGGCCAUGAGACCCAGGAGACCAAAGACCUCAGCAUGUCCACUCGCACGGUGAAAUUCGGCCGGCAGAGUGGAGCUGAUGAGGAGAGUUACGGCUACGGAGCAUCGGGGUACGACUCCUACUGGAAGAACGCAGCAUCCAGAGGUGGAGAUGACGAUGAGGAUGAGGAGGAAGAUGAUGAGGAGGAGGAGGAAGAGGAAGAGGAGGAUGAUGAGGAGGAAGAGGAGGAGGAAGAAGAAGGUGAAGAAGAAAUGGCUGCUGACUCCUUGGCUGGUUUGAAAUUAGACGGGACUCCUGCCUGAAGCGGGACGGGGAAUGAGAGCACAGUCCACAAGACUACAAAUAAGAAAUGUUGCUCCUUUUGUCAUUUCAAAAGCUUUUGCACAUCUGAACUGGUGCAGAUGUCGCUCAUAUUUGCACCAAUUCAGGUUCGUCCAGGGAUUAAUCUGGACACACAUCUAAAUCUAGAAUCCCUGAAUUUAAAUAAUUUUAUUGGAGAUUAAGAAAGCCACUUGUUUGUGUUGUAAUGGUGUAAAUCUAGUUAUCACCACAUUAUUAUGAUCACACAGUCCAUGUUACGCAAUUAGUACUUUUCUGCCUACGAGGCUUUUUACUACUCCACAGUUCUCACAGUGGUGGUUAAAAUGUGGCUUCCUGCUUCAGUGCAAUGCAAACAUGGACUACCCAGUACACUGAUAUCCAAAUAUGAAUUUUACAAACGCAUUUGCCCCUACUCAAGUUAUCAUUUCCUAUUAUUUGUAACAUUUUAUGCUGAACGUGCUACUUGAUAAUAAAAGUAUAUGCCAGAGCGUUUUGA